ACACUAAUAUUAGGAAAUGGCAGAAGCAGUUUUUCAUCCCCCAAGAAGGAAAAGAAGAGUUCUUGAGUCGUACGAGUCUCCGUUUCCUGUGGAUGUAGGUGGGAAGGAUUUCAGAAUGUGCCAGGCUGAAAUCAUUAACAACAAUGUUAUUGUGAGGAACCCUGAAGAUAUUGAACAGCUGUAUAACAAGGGCUAUUUUGGAAAAGGUAUCCUUUCAAGAAGUCGACCAGUGUACAGCAUUUCAGAUCCCUUACUGGUUACUAAGUGGCAAGGUGUUAACAUAAACAUGCCUAUAAUUGCAUCAAAAAAGUACCAGUGUCGUGUUCAGUGGGCUAAAAGUAUUUUGCAAGAGCAAGGAUUUGAUGACUGCUCGGUUACCAAAAUUCUUGAGAAUUACACUAAGCCUCUUAAGCUGCUGGUUUUGGAAGAGGAUGGAGCUGAACAAACCGGUAAUAGUUGCAACAGAAUGGGCCUAAAUACAGAAAAUACGGAACUUUCCAGACAAUAUUCUACAGACACUGGAAAUGUAGCCCCAAGUCCUGAGAAUCAGAAUGAAGGCUACAAGAAAGCCUGUUUGGGAGGAGAUCCAGCGUUUGAUCCUGUGGCCAUAUGUGGCUCUAAACAACAGGAACAAGAUGACUCAAAGGAGAUAGCUGAAGUGUCUUGCCAGAAGCAUGGUUUUCUCGUGCAUUGUGGCUGCAAGGCUAAGGAGAGCACAGAGCAAAGAUCUUGUGAGAUGAUCAAGUCAAAAGAAUGUGCUCCAGAGUAUGUAUUGGUGCAAGAGGAAGAAGAAGGUAGCUUAUGUCCUGAAGAUGAGUCUGCUCAUGCGCAAGAAAAUCUUGUCAAGAAGGAAAAACUAGUAUGCAGAAGAAAUCCAUUUAGGAUUUUUGAAUAUUUACAACUCAGCUUGGAAGAGGCUUUUUUCUUGGUGUACGCUCUGGGAUGUUUAAGUAUUUAUUACAGUGAGGAGCCCCUAACUAUUUUGAAGCUAUGGGAAGUUUUCAGCGAAGUGAAGCCCAAUUUUAAAACUACCUACAUGGCGUAUCACUACUUCCGCAGUAAGGGUUGGGUCCCCAAAGUCGGACUGAAGUAUGGAACUGAUCUCUUGCUGUAUCGAAAAGGCCCCCCCUUCUAUCAUGCAAGUUACUCUGUCAUUGCUGAAUUAGUUGAUGAUAAUUUUGAAGGUCCUCUUCGCAGACCACUCAGCUGGAAGUCCUUGUCUGGGUUGAACAGAACAACUGUUAAUGCUUCUAAGGAACUUAUGUUAUGCUAUUUGAUUAAGCCAUCUGACAUGACUGAAGAAGAGAUGUUGACACCAGAAUGUAUGAAAAGAAUUAAGGUUCAGGAACUGAUUGUAACUCGCUGGGUUUCUUCCCGUGAGCGCAGUGAGCAAGAUGAACUUUAACUGACUGUAUAGGAAAAACUUAUUUUUUUAAAAACUACUUCUUUUUGUUUUUUACCUGAUCUUCUCAUGAUGAACCAUUGCCUCAGAGUAGUUUCUAUCAACAGAUUCAGUUGGUAUGUAUAAAUGCUAUUUAAAAUGAGGUAUAUCCUGUU